GGCGCCUGAGAGCGCACAGCCCGCUGAGUGGGAGCGCAGUCGCAGGUUAUCCAUCGCCUUGUGCAAGUUGUGUACCGUCACUCCGCUGCCUCUGGGAUCUUCCUUUAUAUAGACGUGAUUGUUAGUGCUCAUCAUCGCGGGAGCCAAAAGGUUUGCCACUGUUCCAUAGGAGAUUGCAGGCUGCCCAAGCGUCAUGACAGCUGAGAAGAGUGGGCCUGUUAUAAACGGUAAACCAGAGGAUGGCAGAGACCCGGACGGGUCCAGCUCUAGCCUCGACAAUGACGAGUACAAUGAGAGGGGCAUGUGGAACAACAAGAUCGAGUUCAUCCUGUCUGUGGCUGGAGAGAUCAUUGGGUUGGGCAACGUUUGGAGGUUCCCUUACCUCUGCUACAAGAAUGGAGGAGGUGCCUUCUUUGUGCCAUACGUCAUCUUCUUCGUGUGCUGCGGUAUUCCUGUAUUUUUCCUGGAGACGGCCUUGGGUCAGUUCACAAGCGAAGGUGGCAUCACAUGCUGGAGGAAAGUUUGCCCAUUGUUUGAGGGUAUCGGCUAUGCAACACAGGUGAUUGAAGCCCAUCUCAACGUGUACUACAUAGUAAUCCUAGCCUGGGCCAUUUUCUACCUCUUUAAUUGUUUCACGACUGAGCUGCCGUGGGCUGGCUGUGGCCAUUACUGGAAUACAGAAAACUGUGUUGAUUAUUACGGGGAAAACGCCACCAACAUCACCAACCCCAAUGCAACAUCUCCAGUCAUUGAGUUUUGGGAACGGAGAGUCCUGAAGAUAUCAGAUGGUAUUGAGCACAUGGGAGGGAUGCGCUGGGAGCUGGCCAUGUGUCUGGCUCUGGCCUGGUUCAUCUGCUACUUCUGCAUCUGGAAGGGACCCAAGUCAACUGGCAAGGUUGUGUAUGUAACAGCUACGUUUCCGUAUGUCAUGCUGCUGGUCCUACUGAUCAGAGGAGUCACACUGCCUGGAGCUUUUGAUGGCAUCAAGUUCUACCUCUACCCGGACAUUUCACGUCUCUCUGACCCUCAGGUGUGGGUGGAUGCAGGAACCCAAAUUUUCUUCUCCUAUGCCAUCUGCCUGGGCUGUCUCACUGCUCUUGGAAGUUACAAUUCCUAUAACAACAACUGCUACAGGGAUUGCAUCAUGCUGUGUUGUCUGAACAGUGGCACCAGCUUUGUGGCAGGUUUCGCCAUCUUCUCUGUUUUGGGUUUCAUGGCCUAUGAACAAAAUGUUCCCAUCGAGGCUGUGGCUGAAUCUGGUCCUGGUCUUGCUUUCAUUGCGUACCCCAAAGCUGUGACCAUGAUGCCUCUGUCUCCACUUUGGGCUUGUCUCUUCUUCAUGAUGCUAAUCUUCCUUGGCUUGGACAGUCAGUUUGUGUGUGUGGAGAGUUUAGUGACAGCUGUUGUGGACAUGUACCCAGAGACCUUCAGAAAGGGUUACCGCAGAGAGCUACUGAUUCUCUGCAUGUCCAUAGUCUCUUUCCUCAUAGGACUCAUCAUGUGUACAGAGGGAGGAAUGUACGUCUUCCAGCUGUUUGAUGCAUAUGCAGCCAGCGGGAUGUGUUUGCUGUUUGUGGCCAUAUUUGAGUCCAUAUGUAUCGGCUGGGUGUAUGGAGGCGACAGAUUCUACCUAAAUAUUGAGGACAUGAUUGGAUACAAACCUUUCGUCUUGAUCAAAUGGUGCUGGAUGAUCCUGACCCCGGGCAUCUGUGCUGGAAUUUUCCUGUUCUUCCUGAUUAAAUACAAGCCUUUGAAGUACAACAACGUGUACAUCUAUCCUGACUGGGGCUACGGUAUUGGCUGGUUCAUGGCUAUGUCCUCCAUGGUGUGUAUCCCACUGGGCAUUAUCUGGAUGAUCUGGAAAACUCCUGGGACCUUUUCUGAGAGAAUGAAGAAGCUGACCACUCCCAGCCCUGACCUAAAAAUGAGAGGCAAACUUGCUGCCCUCAGUCCUUACGCUGUCAAUGAUGCCAAACUUAAAGCAGAUGGCAAAAUAUCCACCAUCUCAGAGAAGGAGACGCAUUUCUAAUUAACCCGGUGACUGACCGAGCUGCCAGCUGUCUUAAAGGACCAGUCAAAUAAAAAUGAAAACCGUCACAGCAUUACAGGCCACCACACAAGACAAAAAAUGGAAACAAACGACUCAGAGUGCUGUUUUUGUUUUGUAAAGAAACGAGUCUAAAAAUGUUGAUGCUCAUAUGUAGUCUGCUUCUGUUUUGCACAGCUUUUAAAUAACACAAUUAUUGUCUUAACUUUCAAGCUUAAGCAGCUGUUUCCUCACUUUUAGCCAUUAAUAUUUAAAGACGUGUUGAUUUUGUGUGCUAAAUGGUGAAAUCCUGUCCUGGUAACUUGUCAGUAAUGGUCUCACUUGUGUCUGUGCCUUUAGGACGAUAACAGCAUGUUCUAUAAGGCUUGCUCUCUACAAUCAUUGGCAAAUUGCUGAGAUCCUAUUAGGUAAAAGGCACCCAAAUGAGACUGAGAUGUAGCAGCUGGAGGGGCAUUCUGAAUGCAUAUUCAUGCUCAAGCUACAUGAGGGGGGCACCAUACCCCUGCAAGUUGUUAUUUACCAUUGAAAUAUAAGAUCUAAGACUGUGAGGACAUUUUUAAAACUUUAGGUGUUGUAGACCAGCAUGAAAACAAAGAAGAAACUAAAUUUCUACAUAAAUAUCCACCAUUUAGAGUGUUACAGUAUUACAGAAAGACAAAAACAAUUUCCUUGGUUUAAAAAUCUUUUAUUUUGAGGUUUACACUACAUUUGUUCACAUGGCUACAAAUAGAUGUUUGUGACUCGCAGGCUGAGUCAAAAACACACCUCUUUGUCCUCUAGCCGCCCUCCUUAAAGUCAUAGAUAUCUGUCGUUUCACAGUAAUUAUGCUGAGACUAACAGAGACUGACAGAUAAUGUGCCUUCAAUCCUGCAUUUUUAUUUCCUGCUCUGCCUGUAGAGAAGAGGAUGGACAUGCAUCAGAUGAGCAUUUCAGACCUCAUCUGUCCCCUUUAUUUUCAGCCUCCUCAUCUUUUUGCUCUUUUUUUUCACUGUUCUCCCUUUUCAGCCCCUGCCUCUUCCUCUCUGCCUCUGUCAGUGUUUUCUUCUUUCAUUUAUUCUGCUUAUUUUCCGCUCCCUUUCAUCGCAUGGCUGGCUUGAAUAAUUACACCAGUCUCGUAUGAAUGAAAUAUAAUACUCUGCAUUUUAUUACACAUUUAUGCCUCAGCAAUAUUAUUUCUAUUGAUUCUGUUGCAAUUCUCUGACCUUUUGUUUGAAACAGAGAACCUCAUGGUUUAUUUUUUGUUUCUGUCUGAGCCACAGUGAAGGUGAAAGCAAUGAUCUAGUCUUCUGUGGUGGGUGACAAUGAGCUGGUCUCAUCGUUUAAAUCAGUCAAAUGUCCUACACGCACUUAAAUUUCUUUCACUUUCUGUCUUUCUUGUGCUUUCUGAUGAAAAUGCUACCGGAGGAGAGCAUCUGAGGAAAUUAAAGCAAAUUCUCAUAAUGUUUAGGGGGAGGCAAAAAAGUAGGUGAAGAAUUCAGGAGUUUGCGAGAGGAGGAAGUUUGUGAUCGAGAAGAACAUAAAAGAAGCAGAGGAAGUGUUAAAUGUUUGAAGUGCCUCCUCUUAGCAGUCACAUUCUCCCUAGCUACCAAUCAGCCCUCUAGGUGCUGGUGCAUUUUAACGUUAUCGCCUCUUCACUCAUGUUUCUGUAAGGUACUAGUUGUGUGCAUCCAAAAUUCUAGCGUGCUGUUUAACACUGAUCACACUGCUGUAGUCAUUGGUUUACUUCCUGUCUGUUGAAAAGUGUUUAAAAUGAAUUGCUGUAAUAGAAAGACAAUAUUUCAACUUUUGAUAUGCUCAAAAGAAUCUGUAAUAGAGAUAUAUUAAAAAAGGGUUAAAUACUGUUCAGCACUGUUCUACACACCUUUUGGUAUUCAUUGGACACACGAACUGUCUGCUUACUCAUUUUUAAAAAUAAAUAUGAAAAAAAU